GUCCGUCCUUUUAAAAAAAAGAAAAAACACACCAUGUGAUGGGAGGGAACCAAUAAGGAAGUGUGAGGGUUUUUUAAAUGAACAAGAGGGCCGGUUGGCUUUUGCGGCUGCGCAGUUGCUGGAGCGAUGGCUGAGCUGUGGCUGGUGCUGGCCGCCAGUUUUCUGGCGGCGCUGCUGGCUCUGCAGCUGCCUCGGCUGAAGCCCCCUCCCGGGCGCCCCUCGCUCAGCCUGGCGGCCGUCUUCCAGGAUCUCCUCCGCUACGGCAAGACCAAGAGCGGCUGCCAGCCACGCCCGCCCCAGCUGCAGGUCUUCGACGUGCCCAAGAGGUGACCGAAGCGACCCUAUGAAUGUGGGCAUGUGACCCUGGGCAUGUGCAGAGUGCCUGAUGAGACUCGUGGCAUUGUAGAACUGGAAGGGGAACCCGAGGGCCAUCUAGUCCGGCCCCCUUGCAAUGCCGGAGCAGGGUGGAUUUGAUUUACAUCAAAUCGAUUUAAACCACUAGUCAGUGAGGAAGUCACUUAACAAUGUUACAAAGAUUGGAUUAAGUACAAUUAAGAUGUAUGUUUGUUUGUUUGUUUGUUUGUUUAAAAUUUUUGGAAAAUCAAUUUUAAAAAAUAGAAAAAAUAAAAUAAACCACUAGUCAGUAAGACUUGAUUUAAAUCAUUUUUUUAACAGAAUGACUCAUUUUUUUCUGGUAUAAUCUUAAUGUUUACAGCCAGAUGAAGGUUUCGUUUUUGGAAUGAUAAAUUUUCAGAGUAGUUUUUACAGUUAUAUCAAAAAUUACUGAUUUGGUUAUACUAUUAGAGAUACAUAGACAGAUAAUUAUUAAAUGAUGGUGGGGUUUAAUGAGUUAACUGUUUAUAUUUGGACAACUUUUCUGCUGUACUUUAUUGGAAGGAGGAAAAAAAAUUUCCUUAAUAACAAUUUAAACAAUUUAUUUAACUAAAAGAAUAACAUUAUAGCAUAUGCAUCCAUGUUUGUUAACUGAUGUGCUUAAACAUUUUUUUAAAAAAUACCUUGGUCUGAGUUUUAGCACACAUGAAAAACUUAAACCAAAUCCUUAUUUCCUGAUGGAUAGCCUUUGGACUAUAAUGUAACUUAAAUAGCAAACUAUCUUUAGAAAGAUUUUUCCUCCAAAAGCAUUUUAUUUGAAAUAUCCAAUUUAAAUAUUUAAAAAUCCAAUUUAUUUUUUUUUAAAAAUCCAUUUUUAAAAUAUAAUAAUAUUGAAAUCAUAUUUUUUUUAUCCACCCUGUUCCUGAGUAAGAUGCAUAUGGUUGCAGCCCAUGCAGUAUGAUUUAGACAAAAUGAACAAAAUCGGAAUUGUAAUUUCUUAUUUAGGCAGAAUAAUGGGAAAAAAUGCCUAAGACAUCAUUCCAAGCAAUGUGGGCGAACUUAAAAUUACGUUUUGAGUCUGCUGUUGUUCUAAAAAUAGUCAUUCAAUUCAGUAUAUGGUCUUGCCAAUCUCAUUCUCUCUGAAAUUAAGGCAUGAACUAAAACAUCAAUUCUAGGCUGGGUGGGUGCGUGGCUUCCUAUUGUUAAAUGGGUAAAGCCAAUAAACAUGACAAAUAGGUUUUUUGAAAGUUGCAACUUGAGAUGGUAGUGAACGUAUUACCUUGGCAGUUCAGUGAAGGAAGGAAGAGAGUGUUGGGAAAAAUAUUUUUGUGAGUCGGCCAUGGCAAAUGAAGGAAAGGCAACAGAAGGUUAGAAUAUAGGGAAUGUGGUUGUAGGGAAUAAAACAGUAAACUGUCAGUGCUUCCUUCUACAGGUGGUUCUACCACUUCUAUGUUGUGUCAGUGAUCUGGAACGGUUCCGUGCUGCUGUUGCUUCUCCAAAGCCAUCUUCUGUCAAGGCCCUUCCCUAUUUGGCUUCAGGACGUCCUCAGCAUUCUUGACGGAGUAUCACAGGACCAUGAUGGAGGUGUGUCGACUCCUGAGAAAUUUAUUUAUUAAAUUUGUAUACUGCCCUUCAUCCAAAGUUUGCAGGGCGGUUCACAACCUAAAAAGACAAAAUGAGACUACAAACUACAUUAAAAUAAAAAAACAAAGCAGUAACACACCCACACCCACAUUUCAAAGGCCAUAGAAUAUUUAAUCAGCCAAAGGCCUGGAUAUAGAGAAACAUUUUUGGCUGGUUCCUAAAGAUAUGAAAUGAAGGUGCUGGACGAGCUUCCCUGGGGAGAAAUUUCCACAAGCAGGGAGCCAUUGCAGAACAGGCCCAUUCUCGUGUUGCCACCCUUCAGACCUUCGUGGAGGGGGGUGGCACAUGAAGAGGGGCCCCAGACGAUGAUUGCAGGGUCCAGAUCAGUUCAUAUGGGGAGAGGCAGUUGCUUCAUAGUCAGUGGUAUCGAAAGCCACCCAGAGGUUGAGGAGAAUUAACAGGGUCACGGUUCCCCAGACUCCCUCCCAACAGAGGUCAUCAUACAGGGCGGCCAAAACUCUUUCUGUUUCGAAACCUCCUGAGACUCCUGAGAAUCAUAUGAACUGUUGCUUGUCAUGGAAAAAUAUUUUAUUUUUUAUUUUUUUAUAAAGAAUAUUUAUUCCAAUUUUAAAGUUACAAAAAAAAAAAAAAAAAAAAACACAAACCACAUACAUCUUACAAAAAACAGACAAUAAAAAAGAAAUAAAAAAGACAAAAAGUCACAAUAAAAAAAUAACAAAAAUCAAAUUAGACCAUUACAACCAUUUUCCCAUUACUUGUUUCCAUGACUUCCUCUCACCUCCCUGCUUUGUAUUCUAGUUUAAAUCGUAUCUCCAGCAAAUCCUUCUAACCUUCUUUUCUUUUACUUAUUUUAACAUUCGAAAGUACUUAAUUCUCCUCUAUCCUCAUUUUACACUUCAUGCUUACUUAUUCCAUUAUACCCUGUCUGCCAAUACGGUCUAAUAUUCUUCUCCAACCUUUUUCUAACAUUCUUUUAUAUUGCAGUGUUUCUGAAGAUAUGUUUUAAAUUUUUUCCAGUCUUCUUCCAUCAACCCUUCUUCCUGAUCUCGAAUUCUGCCGGUCAUCUCAGCCAGUUCCAUAUAGUCCAUCACUUUCCUCUGCCAUUCUUCUCGGGUAGGCAAUUCUUGUGUCUUCCAGUAUUUCCCAAUGAGUAUUCUUGCCGCUGCUGUCGCAUACAUAAAAAAAAUUCCUAUCUUCCCUUCUCACCAAUUGGCCGACCAUGCCCAAGAGGAAAGCCUCUGGUUUCUUCACAAAAGUGUAUUUCAAUACCUUUUUUAAUUCAUUAUAUAUCAUUUCCCAGAAGGCCUUGAUCUUUGGGCACGUCCACCAAAGGUGGAAAAAGGUUCCUUCAUUUUCUUUGCAUUUCCAACAUUUAUUAUCAGGCAAAUGAUAGAUUUUGGCUAGCUUGACUGGGGUUAGAUACCACCUAUAGAUCAUUUUCAUUAUAUUUUCUCUUAAUACAUUGCAAGCCGUAAACUUCAUACCUGUGGUCCAUAACCGCUCCCAGUCAGCAAACAUAAUAUUGUGUCCAACAUCUUGUGCCCAUUUAAUCAUAGCAGACUUAACCAUUUCAUCCUGUGUAUUCCAUUUCAACAGCAGAUUAUACAUUCUUGACAGAUUUUUAGUUUUAGGUUCUAACAAUUCCGUUUCCAGUUUAGAUUUUUGCUCCUGGAAACCAAUCUUUUAUCUAGGUUAAAAACCUCCCUUAUUUGGUAAUAGUGAAGCCAAUCUCGAACUUUAGUUUUUAAUUUGUCAAAACUCUGCAAUUUUAAUUUAUCUCCAACUUGUUCUAGAAUUUCACAAUAUUUUGGCCAGUUUGUCUCCAUAUUUGUUUUUUUCAAUGCCUUUGCCUCCAUUGGUGACAGCCACCUUGGUGUUUUACUUUCCAACAAAUCCUUAUAUCUCACCCAAACAUUAAACAAUGCUUUCCUGACAAUAUGAUUCUUAAAGGCCUUAUGCGCUUUAACUUUGUCAUACCAUAAAUAUGCAUGCCAUCCAAACACAUUAUCAAAACCUUCUAAAUCUAAAAUGUCCACAUUUUCAAGAAGUAGCCAAUCUUUCAGCCAACAAAAAGCGGCUGAUUCAUAGUAGAGUUUAAGGUCUGGCAGGGCAAAUCCCCCUCUUUCCUUCGCAUCUGUUAAUAUCUUAAAUUUUAUUCUAGGCUUUUUGCCCUGCCAGAUAAAUUUAGAAAUAUCUCUUUGCCACCUCUUGAAACAGUCCAUUUUGUCCACAAUUUGCAAUGUUUGAAACAAAAACAACAUUCUAGGCAAUACAUUCAUCUUUAUCGCAGCAAUUCGGCCCAACAAUGAUAACUUCAAUUUUGACCAUAUUUCUAAAUCCUUCUUCACUUCUGACCAACAUUUUUCAUAAUUAUCUUUAAACAGAUUCACAUUUUUGGCAGUCAUAUUCACCCCUAGAUAUUUCACUUUAUUAACAAUUGUUAAUCCUGUCUCUUUCUGAAACCUCUCCUUCUCAAUCUCUGUAAGGUUUUUCUCUAAUACCUUAGUUUUCGUCUUGUUUAAUUUAAAACCUGCUACUUGACCAAAUUCUUGGAUUAAUUGUAAUACUCUUUUUGUACUAGCUUCUGGCUCCUGUAAUGUCAAAACUAAAUCAUCAGCAAAAGCUUUCAAUUUGUACUGUUUAGCUCCGAGUUGUAUACCUUUAACCAAUUGGUCUUUUCUAAUCAUAUUGAGCAAAACCUCCAGGACCGAUAUAUGGGGAGAUUGGGCAACCCUGUCUUGUUCCUUUCUCUAUCUUAAAUUCUUCUGUAACUACAUUGUUCACAAUAAGCUUGGCUUUUUGUUCCGAAUAAAUUGCACCUAUACCAUUUUCAAAACUUUGGCCUACCCCCAUCCCCUGCAAAUUUUUCUUCAUAAAACUCCAAGAUAUAUUGUCAAACGCUUUCUCUGCAUCUACAAAUAUUAAGACAGCUUUAGUAUUGAUAUUAACUUGCAAUUUUUCCAAAAUAUUAAUAAUAUUCCUAGUAUUAUCUGACAAAUGUCUCCCAGGGAGAAAGCCCGCCUGGUCUUUAUGAAUCUCUUUUACCAAUACAUUUUUUAAUCUUUUUGCCAUAAUUUCCGCAAAAAUUUUGUAAUCCACAUUAAGUAGAGAUAUGGGACGGUAGUUCUUCAACUGUGUCUUCUCCACUUCGGUUUUUGGUAUAAGUGUAAUGUAUGCUUCUUUCCACGGUUCGGGUGCUUUUCCUCCCCGUAGUAUUUCAUUGCAAAGUUCUUUCAACGGUUGCAAUAACCAUUCUUUCAAAGAUUUGUAGUACUUUGCAGUUAGUCCAUCCGGCCCUGGGGAUUUGCCCAAUUUCAUAUUCUGAAUGGCUCCUUCCACCUCUUGAUCAGAUAUUGUGGAGUUUAAUAUUAAUUUACUCUCUUGAGAUACUUUUUGUAAUCCAUUAUUUUUCAAAAAUCGGUCAAUGUCUAAUUCUUUCUGAGUCGCUUGUCAUGGAAAAAUAAAACCCCUGUGUUCUCCUUGUGGGAUCCUUUCCUCAGGGCUCUAUCUGCUCCACUUAAACAGUGUCUUAAAACUCAAAACUAUUUCCCCUGAACAUGUAUAUCAGUGCAUGCUAUAAUUUUUUAACAUAUCUUCACAGUUGCACCACUGGCAGUAGAACGACUUCCUUUACUUUCCCCUAUCAUUUACAGAUGCAAGUUUCCCUUGAGCACACAUUUCAAGGUUUGGGUUCUCCUGGAAGUGUACCACUUGAGAAUGCAGGUGGAGCAUUUUUUUGUUUGAAUGUUCCUUCAUGUAAAAGAGAAACUCCUUGCAUGUCGGAAAAAUGGCUAGGGUGGGACCCUUGUAUCAGACACAUUAGCUUUUCACAGGCAAGGAAUUCGCCACUUAGAUCAUUCAGAUGAGCAGCCUUGCACUUGAAUCUCAUAGUAGGUGGAUGUUUUGCAAUUAUGAUGAAAUACAUUAUUCGCUGCCCUGAUGAGAUGAGCCAGAUUAUUCCUAAAGUAAAUGAACAGUUUUGAAAGUGCCCAAUGCAAUAAUGGUUCUGCCGAUAUUGCGAAGUUCUUGGAAUUCUGCAUGCAAACAUAAUGCAAUGUGUCUGAGUUCUUGUUUUUGCAAGCAUUUACUUUCUCUUUUGAUCCUGCUGUUCAUCUGCCUUUUAAUGAGAAUCUGACAUGUCUGGUGAAAAGAGCAGUUGUUUUACACGGUAACCUGUGUUGGAUUUCUAGGUGGUGAAUCCUUGUCUGUUUUCCUGGUUUGCCUCUUUGUCUGGUUAAACAGCUGUAGACGGCUAAAAGAGUGUCUUCACAUCAGUGUGUUCUCAGGAGGUGUCAUCCAUAUUGUACAGUACUGCUUUGGACUCUGUUACUAUGUUCUGCUGGGCUUAACUUUGUUAUGUCAAGUGCCAACCAAUGUCCGGGAAGGUAAGUAUCUUAUUUAGCAUCAGCAUCUUAUAUAAUGCUUCUUUGUUUUCCAUGGGAGUAGAUUAGGCUGAAGCCUGGUCAACACACAGCAAAAUGGAACGUAAGAGUAUAGAAAGCUAUAAACUUAUAAGGAUUUUAAAGAGCUCUUUUUUUUCCAAACGAAAACAAAUCCAGAGUAGCAGAAUACUCCUAACAUCACAUCCUUGAUCUGGUUUGGGGACAUCUUACUCUGAGAUACAGUGGGAUGUAGCUUGCUGUUGAAAAACUACCCCAAAAAUAUUUGUAUUCAGGGUUUUUUUAAUAUAGGUCUGGAUUAGAGAUAAGUAUCUUUUCACCUUAAGAUUUGAGGUGUCCAUUUCUUUUAGUUCCCAAAUACUAAUAAUGCAGAGACUUGUUCAAUGUAGGAAGCCACAGGUCAAACAUAAUCACAAGGAUAAUAAAGAAUGCAUUUACUAGGGCCAGCUUCUGUUCACAAAUCAGUAUGUGAGCUUUUAGUUUACGCAGAACUCUUUUGCAGACUGGAUUGAAAUAGUUACUGAAGUAGAACUCUGUGGCACAUACUUGCAUGUAGUUUUGUGCGAAUUUAUGCCAUAAGUGUUUUUAUAAAUAUUUGUUUCCCUUAUUGUAGACCAAGGUAAAAUGCCUUUACCUCUUUCUUUGGGGGGGGGGGGAUUAAAUCAAACAAGAAUCGGGAGCAGGCAGGGACAGAGAGAUUUCUGUUGUCUGUGUGAGUUCUGGCCUAGUACAUACUGCAGAGCUGGGAUUUUAAACUAGUUCCUGUUGAUGAAUCACAGAAGUACACCAUAUUAAAUUUGCUGUAAGUGUCUAUAAGUUGUUGCUUUAUUAAAUUCAUUUGCUUUUAUGAAAAAUUCCCCCAUUAGUUAUCAGAUCUACAGAAAUAUGCCAUAAUUUAAGAAUUUAUUUCACUUCUGUGCAAUGUUCCUUUAAGUCAGGGUUGGGGAACCAGUUGGACUACAGUUUCCAUCAUGUCUGACCAUUGGCCAUGAUGACUGAACCUGAUGGAAAUAUCUGGAGGGCCACAGGUUCCCCAUUCCUGCUUUAUGUGUUGAUUUGCCAGCCCUCCUAGCUCAAACACUACUUAAUUUUUUGCCUCUUUUGUUAGUUGGGGGUAUCAUAGAAACGAUAAGCAUGACAGUAUGCCAGAUCUUUAGAAUAAGGACUGUAGGGAAGAAUUUGAUACUCCUCUGUAUCUUGAACGUGGCGUUAAGAGUGUCGUCCAAGAUGAGACAUGCAGUUGGGAGAACCGCCUGAGCUAGCUGCUAGAAGAAAUAUAGAUUCUGAUUCUUUUAGCAUCUAAACAUACCCUCUUUCUGCAUAAUUCAGGGAAAGAUCACCGACUGACUGUCUGCUGGUACCACGUCCUUGGAGUCCUGAUGUUCAUUUGGGCCUCUGUUCAUCAACAUAGAUGUCAUGUGAUUCUAGCUAAUCUUAGAAAAAAUAAAUCAGGUAAGAUAUUUUGCUGUUUGUUCUAGUCUAGCUUUUGCUCCUCCAGGUAAAAAACGUUACAGUACCUUGCACAUCCAUAAUCUUGCAAGUAUUGUUGCUUUCCCCACAACACUAAUACCCACAAAUUAGAUCAGUGCUGGUGAAAAUGGGAUGUAUUUCAACAUUAUUCCUCAGCUAGACAAGACUAACACCUGUUUACUUUUUGCUAUUUCAGGGAAAGUACUAAAUUUGGACCACAGUAUUCCUUUCGGCGACUGGUUUGAGUUUGUGUCCUGUCCGCAUUACUUUGCCGAACUUCUAAUAUACCUGUCGAUGGCUAUCAUGUUUGGGUUUAACAAUUUAACGUGGUGGCUUGUUGUGACUUAUGUGUUCUUCAGCCAGGCAGUGAGUGCCGUUUUGUGCCAUGAAUAUUACCUGAGCAACUUCAAACAGUAUCCAAAGUGUCGGAAAGCCUAUGUACCCUUUCUUUUUUAGGCUGUUCAUCUUAACUUGGGGAAUGGAAAUCUUUUUCUAGGUGUCAAGAGGCUGUUAUAAGCAGAGGAUUUGACUAAAACUGAAUUGAUGCAGAUCGGUCUGAAAUCCUUUUACCACUUAGUUUUUAGAAUGAACUGCUGUGGUAUAUGGAAACAAUCAGUUUAUGAAUACUCAAAAGGAAGUAUCAUUGAGUUCAAAGUGGCUUACUUUCAGGUAAGCCCAUUGAACACAGCAAAACUUACUUCUGAGUAUGCUAAGAUCAUACUGUGAACAAAGAGAUACUGUGUGUGUCCAUCUCCCCCACCAAAUGCUCAAACCUGAAGCCAUAUUUCUUAUAUAUGGCCUUAUUGAGAAGGAAUUAUUUACAUAGUAAGAGCAAAGACGGCACUAUUGAACAUGUAUUUAUUUUUCUGCACUCGUUCUGUGCAGCAUGUAGAACUGAAAGAAACUGCUGCACCUUUAGUCCGAUUCACAUAUUCAUGCACAUCAUUUGAAUAAUGAAAUGAUGAAAAAUCAUUUUAAUGGCCCUUGCGUAUGUGAAUGGACUCUUUUGAACCACAUUGCUAAUAGUUACUUGGAACAAUUACCAUGCAUGUGUAAAUUGGCUGUUCUUAUUUCUACACUUGAAAAUUAUACUACCUUUCAUUUUGAAUAUUUAGAAGCAGAAAUCUCGACUGCAGCUUCUUAUUCUAUAAAGCUUGAAGGCAAGGCACAACCUGGAAAAUUAAAUAACUCUGUUGCUGUCAUUCCUUCAUAAGAAAAUUGUAUGCGAGAACUGUUUCCUGUAGUACAGAGAAUAACAUUGUCGUGUUUCUCACAAACGCCUAUGUUUAAAUGGAGACUUUGCACUGUGUGAACCAUUCUAGAUAAGCGCAUAGGUGUUCAGAACAAUGCAAAUAUAGAAAAUGUAGUUGCACGUCAUGGUUUCGAUCCAAAACUAAGGAGACCACAGCCAUGUGAUGCAACAGUUUUCGGGGUCAGGCUUCCUGCCCCAAUGCAACUUUGCAAGUUACAGCGCUGGAAGAUCAUUGCAGGCCCAUGGCCAUGCACAGUUAUUUCCUAAGAAUGUAAGGAUUAGAAAUUCUGAAUUUAAAAAAAAGGAAGCCGGUGGAGGAGAAUAUCUUAUGCUUUCAGCAACCUGUUAAUACUUGAGAAGCUACAUAACUGCAUUGACAUUUCAUAAAAUAAGCCUUCCCAAUAGCCUCACAUACGUAUUUCCUCCAACCAACCAAAAGAUGGUUCUGGGUAGCUCAGUUCAUGUGCUCUACCUCACUCCAGCUACACUGUUUGUCUUUUUCAGCUCACAGUGAAGUGGGUCUCCUUGCACAAGGGUCUGGAAACCCCUGGUAAUGGUUUUGAAAAAAUGCUUUUGGAAAUCCAGGUGUCCCAUCAAUGCUCUCCUAAGUACUGUUAAUCUGAACAUGUACUCUACCCAUCACACACACACACACACACACAAACACACACACACACACACACACACACACACACACACACACUGUUGGAAGAUGUGAUAUUGGUUAACCCUAUUAAUGUCUUUCACACCAGGGUAGUUGAACAUAUAGCACUACUGUAGUAUCAUCUAUUUUAUUAUUUAUUUUCAUAUGAGUGCGUGGGAGCAAAGGCUUAAAGAUUUUCUUCAUAAUGUAACAAGCCCAAGAAAGCUAGGGAAAGACGUUUGGGUCUCACAAACUUUUCUUAGGAUCAAAUUUUGUCUGGUACAGCAAUGACUUACAUUUUUAUACAACUAUUUAAAAUGGAUGGUGUGUAUUUUAUACUAUUUUAUCCAUCUGUUGUAUGUAGAAUACCCAAUGUAAUAUUUACAUAUUUAAUAAAAACCUGAACCACUGGUCUGCUUUGAAAGAAGCAAA